AUGGCAGUAAUCAAUCAGCCUUCGGGCCAGAUCAAGUUGACAAACGUUUCUAUGGUGAGGCUCAAGAAAGCCAAAAAACGGUUCGAAGUUGCUUGCUACCAGAACAAGGUUCAAGACUACAGAAAUGGAGUUGAGAAGGAUUUAGAUGAGGUGCUUCAAAUCAACCAGGUGUUUUUGAAUGUAUCUAAGGGUCAGGUGGCUUCAAAGGAGGACCUUCAAAAGGCUUUCCAAACUACCGAUGUUGAUGCCGUGAUUAAGGAAAUCAUUUCAAAGGGUGAAAUUCAACUAUCAGAGAAGGAAAGACAGCUACAGCUCAACAAAAUCAACAAUGAGAUGUUGACUAUUAUCAGUGCUAAAUGUAUCAAUCCAAAUUCCAAGAAGAGAUAUCCACCUACAAUGAUCCAUAAGGCUCUCCUCGAGUUGAAGUUUAAUGUUGUGGUUAACAAACCUGCAAAAUUACAGGCUUUGGAGGCUAUCAAGCUAUUAGUAUCCAAGCAAAUUAUCCCAAUCGUCAGAUCCAAAAUGAAGAUCAAGGUCGAUGUCAGUUUGGAAACUCAGGGAUCCACGGAACUAAUUGAGCAGUUGAACAAUAUAAUAAAGUCUGCUGACGUAAACAAAUCCGAAACAUCGUACUCCAUCGUGGGCCUCAUUGAUCCAGUCGCAUACAGAGAACUAGUAAACAUGUGCAACGGAAAAGCAACCUUACAGGUAUUGGACAUGGCAGUGAUCGAGGAUACUAAAUGA